UUAUCUUGUUUUAAGACGUUUUUUCCUUUCAAUUAACACCAAUCCCACAAGAAAUUUUCCCUUACACCUUGUCCAUCAGAUCUUCUAAUUUCCUUCUAACAAUUGGAUUUGUCCCUUUUCACCCUCUUCAUCUUUCUUUCUCUCUCUUCCCCAAACCCUAAUUUCAAAUCAUGAUAUCCUACCCUUAAAAUCCUAAAGAUCAGAAUUCUAUUCUUGCUGAUGUUGUAGCAUGAAUGUAAUAGUGGGAAUCGAUUAUAACAUGUACAAAAUCCAUGUUAUUGGUCCUUAGAGAUUGCUGAAAGAGAGGGAUUUUCAUAUGGAGGCCAAUGAGUGUAAUACAAAUCAUUUAGAUGCUGAUGUUCGAUUGCCGCCUCGAAAGCGGUUGCUAGCCGGGCUGAAAAAACAAAGCUGUUCGGGGAGUACAUCACAGUGCUCACAAGAGAAUAAUUCUAGCCCUAGCCCUAGCCCUAGCCCUAGCCCUAAUCCUAGUGUGAGCCCUUUGAGUGAAUUUGAUGUCCGUCUUAAUAAUCUGUUGAAAUCUUAUAAGAAUGGAUCUAACAUGUCUCCUGAAGAGAUAGCAGAAGCUGCAGGCUCGGCUGCUGCAGCAGCAGCUAAGGCAGCUGAAGCUGCUAGAGCUGGUGCCGAGGAAAAAGCUUCUAUUGCUGCAAAGGCCGUAGCUGCUGCUAAGAGUGCCUUGGAUUUGGUUGCUUCUAUAUCUGAAGAUACAAGCAGCAAAGAUAAGCUUAAGAAUAAGCUGAAGAAGCAUGUCCCCGUUCAACUCUUGUACAAAAAAUAUCAACCUAUUGAGAAUUGUGGGACAGAUGAAGAGUUAGCCAUGAGACUACAUCGGGUUAUGAAUAGCUCGCCCAGAAUUUCAAAACCUUCCCCGAGCUCUGACUCUAAGAAUCAUAAGCACAAGAAGCUGAAAGUUUUGCCACCUAGUGAGAAGAGUGGUAGUGAAAAUGGUAUGAGUCUAAGGGAUGGAAAUGCCAAAUUACCUUCAGUGUGCAAUGAGGAUGUUAUAGAGGGUGGUAUGGACUGUGAAGGCUCUAAUGAAGAGCCUUUUACGGUAAAAGUAGAUGAUAAGGUGUUAAAAUCUUCUAAAUCUGAUGAGAUAGAAGUGAAUAGUAGGGAAACCGAAUUAACUCAAUCCAAGGAAAAAACAUUUGAAGUAUCGGGUGAUACAUGUGUUAAUGGUAGGAAGCGAGGUAGAAUCAAGCAGAAAAAGUUAUCUUUAAGCAUAUGUAGCUCUAAGGAUCAAUCAAACUCUAAGCUAGGUCAGAAUCUGAUGAACCCUUUGUUAACUAGGCCUAGAACUGAGAAACCUACUGUCCGCCACGUAUCAUUGCUCUCUUUAGAGCCUCCUGCUGAAAAUGCCACUCCAAUUGAGGUUACACAAACAUGGAAAUGCCAGGAUUUCAAAGUUUCUCAAUGUCUCAAACAGGACAAAGUUGUGCAGUUGUAAAUCUCUAAUGAUAUUCUUCGAUAUGUUGUCACCACAAUGGAGCAUUUCAUAGUUACCGGAAACCAGAAACUUCCUUUCGAAUCCCAUUUCGGAACCCUCGUUUCAGAAACUCUGCAUUAACGUUUCCGAAAUACACUCCCCAUAUGUUUUUUCCAAAGCCCAAAACCAUAUAUAAUACCAUAAAGGCCUUCUUUUUAUUUUUUUUCCUUAUCUUUUCUUUUUAGUCAUUCUCUUGUUUUACUCAUUUUAUUCCAUAUUUCCUACAUAUGUGAAACUCUAAAGUUAAUGUUUCUCAUUCCGUUUCCAUUUCUGGUUAUCCAUCUGAGGCAGAACUUUGAUCUUGUAGACAGGGUCUUAUACUCUUAUCAUUAUUAUCUAUGUUCUUUUUUUUUUUUUGCUUGUAUUUGCAUUCUAUGGCUUGUUGACAACAAUGUAUAUUUUUACCAGUCAGUUUUUCAUAUCAAUGUGUGAUAUAGGAUAGGAGCUCCAAUAAUGUGUAGUGUCUUUGCUGCUACACGAAAUACGUGCUUUCACUUGUAGAUGUGAUGUAGAUGUACAAGACAGUUUAUGUAUGAUUUUCUGAUUAUAAUUCAAUGAAUGAUUCAAUUUCUUUCUCCA